AUGGUCGAUGCGGCUCGGCCAAAUGGCGAAAAUUUGAGACGAGUCCUGGCCGAUCGCAUAUCAUCCAUGAGCCGUUUUGAUGCGUGGCCGGACGUCGCCGAAUCGCAAGUUUACACCGACAUUGCAGAUAGAUGGGCAGACCUACCCGCACCUACCGAAUUGAAACAGUUACCUCUACUCUACGUCUUCAAUCCGAAUUCACCACCCGAAAUUUGUGGAAAUCAGGCGUGGCCGCUGGACUCGGUGAGUAGUUAUAUCGAUGAUUUUGAAAAUCAGAUC